AUGCAUAGGGAAAUAGCUCAAUACAAGCCUAGCACGAGCUCCAGUGCUACAGUGUGCCAAGUGACUGCAGCCUGCAAGGAUCCAAAGGAGCUAGAGACUCUGGAGCUGCCAUUUAUCCCAUUACCUUUUGUUGCAAAGGCUAUGUUUUCUGCUACAUUGCUUGUGCUUACUACUUUGUGUGCAUGUCACCCUUUUGAAUUGAACCUGGGGGACUUGCAGUGCAUGGCGCCUGGCGCUUCCUGCCUAGUAAUACUAGUCACAGAUAUCCAAGUAGUAACGCUCAACAGUCACCGCCAUUUCAAAGUUAAGUGUCUAUUCUUGUUAGAAAUACGCAAAACAUUUUUGUAG